AUGCCGAUCCUGAAAUUCAUGCCCCCGUACUUCAAAGGCAUCGCUGGCAACACGUAUCCGCUGACGGAGGCCGGACAGCGAAAAAUUUCCAACAAGCUCUUCGACACACUUCACAAAGAGAACAAGCGCUGGACCAAGAAGGAAAUCUGGCUCUUGCAAGAAUCCGUCUAUGAAGAAAUCCGGCGUAGUUUGUCGACGGAGUUGGAAACCAAGCGUCGGCUUCUUUCGGAAAAGAUCCGCAACUCUGGGCAAGAGACUUCACGCAAAUGCGUGACGCUAUGGAAGGACGAGGUGGCCCGAAUUGAUCUGCGGCUUAAUCACCUGCGUACGGCCGAUGUUUCGAAACUGGACUUGGAAGAAUCCUACGCGAAAAUCAACUGGAAUCGCAUUGCAAGCCACGUCUUUAACGGUAUCCGUUCUGCUAUGGAUUGUCGAUUGCGCUGGCAGAAUAUGUAUUCUCCGAAUAUUAACAAGCAACCAUGGAGCGAGGAGGAACUUAUUGCGAUGCCAUGGAGCAAUGAGGAAAAUGACCUCCUUCUUUAUCUGGUGGAUAAGCACAAGGGAAGAUGGCCGGAAGUGUCGAAGCACAUGAAGGGUCGCUGUGAAGUGGCCUGUCGUGAUCAUUUCGCGAUUGCCAAGGCUUUCGACAUGGAGCGUAAACCGGAAGAGCUGAGGGAGCGGCAUCGGCUAAUCGAAACCCUGGAAUCAUGGGUUAUGUUGGCCGAAGAGCAGCUGUUUGACCCGCAAAGGAGCCAAUACUUGGCCCAAAUUGAAGAAUUAGCUGGCAAACCUGAGGGCGUCCCGGAAACUCCGCAGAAGGGCCAAGCUGUCGCGGAAGAUCCGAAGGAGCCUGACGUGGCCGCAGAAAACCGCAAUGAUGCUGAGGGAAACGCACACGGCCUGGGCCAGGCUAUCGCGGAAGAUAAGAAAGAGCCUGAUAUGACCGCCGAAAACCCCAACGAAGCUGAUGCCAUCGCGCAGGUCCUGGACGAGGCUGAGGUCAUCUCGCAGGUCCUGGACGAGGCACUGAUCAUCGUCGACGACCCGGACGAGACUGAUAUGACGGCGGAAACGCCAAAUGACGCUGAGAUCACCUGGGAAGACCCGGACUCGACUUUCACCAUCGUGGAAGACGCGGAUGAAAAUGAUAUCAUCGCCGAAAUCUCCAGGGACACUGAGAUGAGCGCCAAAAGCCAGGGCGAGGCUGAAGCGAUCGCGGAAAACUCGGAGGACACGGAGCUGAUCGAGGCGAAGCCGAUGGAGAUUGACGAUAAGAUUGAGUCGCCC